AUGAGUGACGAAGUACAGCAAUAUAGCUUGGAGGAAAUUAAAGUACAUAAUACCAGUGAAUCUGCUUGGUGCAUAUAUAAGAAUGGGGUAUAUGACAUUACAAAAUAUAUCGACGAACAUCCUGGAGGUGGAGAACAGCUUCUAGAAGCUAGCGGAGGUGACAUGACAGAAGCAUUUGACGAUUUUGGACAUUCGGAUAACGCUCUUCAGAUAUUGAAGAAACUGAAAAUUGGUGAGCUGAGAAUUGAAGACCGUACCACGGAUAAGAAGACUGAGGGCAAUUGUAGAUGUAGAAAGUGUUGUGUUAUCAUGUGA